GGAUACACAUAAGAUAAAUCCGCAGAGCAGACUCCAUUCAUUUUCUCUACGCAUAAAUACAUGCAUAACGUUCAAACUCCAUUUUACUUGUUCGUUUUCUUCUCUCCCAAUCACAGAAAAAACUCAUUCUCUCUCUGUUCCUUUUUCUUUUUUUUCUUUCCAACCAUCUUUUUCUCUCUCUCUCUCUCUCUCUCUGUGAAAGCAAAAGCAGGGAAGAGAUGGUUUUGGGAACAGCCAACGGCGUUGUUUGGGUUGAAGAUGGUGACCACCCGGAAGACGACGCUGUUUCUUGGACCAGAAAUGAAAAUAACAGCUGCAACAACAACCAUAAUAAUAAUAAUAACGGGGAGGAGCACAGAGAAGACGAUAUGGCCAUGGGUGGUGGUGUCGCCACCUUCAAAUCCAUGCUUGACGGUGACUGGUACAUGAACCCACCUCACCAGGAAGAUCUCCAUGGCCUGCAAAAUCACCCAGAGAUAAGAGAACUUGGUGGUUUCUGCUCAAACCCUGCCGAUAAUCUCCUUCUUCAACAGCCUAUUGACUCAUCUUCUUCCUGCUCUCCGUCACAGGCGUUUACUCUUGACCCGUUGCAGUCACAGCCGGUUUUGCCUUCCAAGCCCUGCCUCUCUUCCCUCAUAAACGUCUUCUGCAACAACCCUUUUGAAAAUGGCUUUGAUUUCGGUUCGGAAUCAGGGUUUCUCGGCCAGUUCCAUGGGAACCAGUCCCCCAAUUUGGUAGGCUUUGCAGGACUGAGUUCACAGACCCAGAUGGGUACUCCGGAACUGAGUCCGAACUCAGACCUUCAAGCCACCAGGUUGCUUCCAUUAACAGAAAACGGCGGUACAUUAGGUGGGAGCAGUGGGUUCAGUCCCACUGGUUUUGAAGGCUUUGAUAGUUCAAAUAAUGCUCUGUUCAUGAACAGGGGCAAGGUUUUAAGACCUCUUGAAGUUUUCCCGUCAACUGGUGCACAACCAACUCUGUUUCAAAAACGAGCUGCCAUGCGGCAAAACUCUGAUGGAAAAUUGGAGAAUUUGGAGGUUUCUGGGUUGAGAUUUGGGGAUGUGGCAACUGGGAUUGGAGGAAAUUGGGGGAGGGGCGAACCUGAGGUAGAUAGGAAGCGGAAGAGGAGCAGUGAGGGUGAGAUUGAGGAAGGUAGCUUCGAUGCUUCGGGUUUGAAUUAUGAUUCUGAUGAGCUCAAUGAUAGCAGCAAGCUGGAGGAGAAUGCGAGGAAUGGUGGAUCCAAUUCAAAUGCGAAUAGUGCUAUAGCCGGCGGUGACCAGAAGGGAAAGAAGAAGGGGCUACCGGCGAAGAAUUUGAUGGCGGAGAGAAGGAGGAGAAAGAAGCUUAAUGACAGGCUUUACAUGCUUAGAUCAGUUGUCCCCAAGAUUAGCAAGAUGGAUCGAGCUUCAAUACUUGGGGAUGCCAUUGACUACUUAAAGGAGCUUUUGCAAAGGAUCAGUGAUCUUCAUAAUGAGUUAGAGACAACCCCACCUGGCUUGCUGACACAGUCUGCAAAUUUCCACCCAUUGACGCCCACCCCUCAAACACUUCCUUCUCGUGUAAAGGAAGAGUUGUGUCCAAGUUCAUUCCCAAGCCCUAAAGGCCAACCUGCUCGGGUGGAGGUCAGAUUGAGAGAAGGGCGGGCUGUCAACAUCCACAUGUUUUGUGCCCGUAAACCGGGUCUCUUGCUCUCCACCAUGAAGGCUCUCGACAACCUUGGAUUGGACAUUCAGCAGGCUGUCAUCAGCUGUUUCAAUGGGUUUGCCUUGGAUGUUUUUCGAGCUGAGCAAUGCCGGGAAGGUCAGGAUGUCUUACCAGAGCAAAUCAAAGCAGUACUUCUGGAUACAGCCGGUACCUCUGGUGCGGUGUAAUUUCACAGUUUAUACAUGCAAACCCAUCUCGCAAAGGGAGGCAUUGACUGUAGUUCUGCUGACCAGUUAGCUUGUAAAUGCAAUUGCGUCUCAUUAGCUGUUUCAAUUGGUCAGAGCAAGUUCAAAUGGUUGUUGUUGUUGAGAUUUUAGGACGGAUAAAAUCAUAUCUAGCAAAAGUGCUUUCUUAAACAAACUUCAACACAGUGCAGGAAACUUGAGAUGUUGUCUUCAGUAAUUUCAGCUUUUCGAAAUAAAAUAACGUUUGCUUCUUUCGGCCAAUCCA